ACGUUUGAUAAGUUUUGUUCGUCUAUUGAUACCAAACAUAAGAUAUUCACGAAUUUGGAUCAAUUGACCCGAAAAUUGGACUACAAAUUGGAUUAUUUUGUCGUAUUUUCGUCGGUCACGUGUGGUAAAGGAAAUGCCGGUCAGACUAACUACUCGUUUGGGAACUCUAUGUGUGAACGUAUUUGUGAACAAAGACGAAGGGAUGGAUUACAUGGUCUGGCCGUACAGUACGGACCCAUCGGUGAUGUGGGGGUGUUUGAAGGGUCCGAUCAGUUAAUAACUUUAACAUCAAUAAGAAAACAGCGGAUCAACUCGUGUUGCGAUGUUUUGGACAAAUUGUUGGCAAUUAAUACACCGAUUGUCACGUCAUUUGUAAAAGCCAACAAACAACGAGAGUCUGGUAACAGAGAAAAGCGUAUUAUUGGUGAGCUAUGGCGGGCACUGGGCAUCGACCCCGACAAUACCCCCGAUCACCUAACCCUGGGUGAGAUUGGGUUGGAGUCCAUGUUUGCCGUAGAGUUUCAGCAGGAAAUGGAAAGGGAGUGGAAUACCAAAGUGAGUCUCAAUCACGUGAAAAGUAUUACUAUAGGAAUGCUAAAGGAAUACCAAUCGGGUAAACUGGAUAACAUAAAAAAGCACGUGGAUGACAUGAAACUUGCCCGGGACCACUUACUCAAACAAAAAUACAUUAUACCCGUUGAGAUAUUCAUACGUCUAAACGGCGUAACCGUUGGAAAACCUGUAUAUCUUUUGCCGACAUUUAUGUUAAACUUCGCUGUGUUUGAAGGGUUGGCCCAAAAGCUAAACCGACCGGUGAUUGGCCUCAAUUGGACCCCCGAUGUGAGCAAAUGUACCACGCUCAAAGAUGUUAUUAAAUAUUACGUCAAAUUACUCAAAAACCUGGAUCCAAACGGGAAGUACGAUGUGGUUGGUUGUCUGGACACCGCUUAUGUCUGCCCAAAGGUAUUGAUGAAGGGAAUGGCAGACAUGGCGGUGAUCAUUGAUCUGAUAAGCGAUGUCCGCUAUUUCGAUGACCAACUCAACGAGGAUUUAAUUUUUGAGUUUAUUUUUGUUGUAAUGUACGGCGAAUUACCGGUUGCUUUUAAAGAUAAAGUUUUGCGCGAGAUUAAAAAGGAGCAGGAUACAAAAGCGAGAGUUAAGUUGAUAGCCAACGAGAUCGCAGACUUCGCCGGCAAAGGACUGGUGGCCACAGAUAUGGAGGAAAUGCUUUACUUAAUGAUAGCCCGGAUUCGUAUGCUAUCGGAGUAUAGACUCAAUAAACGCAAGAAGUUUUCAAAUCGACUGAAACUCGCGAUCGCAAAGAAAUGGGCGAAAAAGACGGGCAAAUUGAUCAUGGUCAAACCCGUCAAACAUGAUUCAGUUGAUGACGUUGAUGUGAUUAUUGAAAAAUCGUGUGAUUUGUAUUUUCUACCCGGAUCGUCGGAUGAAAAUUCCACUGUUCAGGUGGAAAGUGUGAGCACACAAACUACUCGUGAAUUAUUGACCAUUGAAGUUAUGAACAAACUUGAGGCAAUUCUCAAAUAGCAUACAUUUAUCAGGAUUAAUUGUCUGAAUAUUGAUUAAAAAUGAACUGAUUUUUAAAACAUUAAUUAAAAAUUGAAAUAUUAAAAUAUUAAAAUAA